ACUCCCUCUCUCGUUUUAGCAGGAACCUACAGGCCGGCCAUAUUAGAGAGAUGGAAAUAAAGCUUCCUUAAUAUUGUAUGUGUCUUUGAAGUACAUCCGUGCAUUAUUUUAAUUUUAUUUUUUUUUACAUCUAACCAUUCCUCCCUUGUAGCCCUUGGCCCCUCAAAUCACCCUCUCCCAUAUUCCGACUAACAUCUCAGUUUCUGAAAAUGCACAAAGAUGCCUGGCUACCUCGCCCUGCCUUCAGUCUCACGGGGCUCAGUCUCUUUUUCUCUUUGGUGCCACCAGGGCGGACCAUGGAAGUCACAGUACCUAAUACCCUCAACGUGCUCAAUGGCUCUGAUGCCCGCCUGGCCUGCACCUUCAACUCCUGCUACACAGUGAACCACAAACAGUUCUCCCUGAACUGGACUUACCAGGAGUGUAAUAACUGCUCCGAGGAGAUGUUCCUCCAGUUCCGCAUGAAGAUCAUUAACCUGAAGCUGGAGCGCUUCCGAGACCGCGUGGAGUUCUCGGGGAACCCCAGCAAAUAUGAUGUUUCAGUGACACUAAAAAAUGUGCAGAUCGAGGAUGAGGGCCUGUAUAACUGUUACAUCAUGAACCCGCCUGACCGCCACCGAGGCCACGGCAAGAUCUACCUGCAGGUCCUCAUGGAAGAGUCCCCUGAGCGGGAUUCCACGGUGGCAGUGAUUGUGGGCGCCUCCGUGGGGGGUUUCCUGGCUGUGGUCAUCUUGGUGCUGAUGGUGGUGAAGUGUGUAAGGAGGAAAAAAGAGCAGAAACUGAGCACGGAUGACCUGAAGACGGAGGAGGAGGGCAAGACAGAUGGAGAAGGCAAUGCGGACGAUGGCGCCAAGUAACGGGGGCUGGCCCUGCGGCUCUCCCUCAUGUCCUGUCUUCCCCCUUCUCUGCCCUGCACAGUGUGCCCCUGCCUGCCCUCUCUUGGUGUGCUUCUCUUGAACCAGGAACCUAGGGCUGACCUGGGGCCUCCUGAACCCCUCACUUCAUAUCUCCCACCCUGCACCAAGAGUGACUCACCUCUCUUUCAUUUGAGAAACCUGCCAUGGUGUCUGGGACAUGUGGGCCCUGGGGGGAGGGAGAAGUGGGUUCAAAACUGUCAGUCCCUGAGAGGAGGCAGAAGACAUGUGUGAAGGUCCCAGGGAGAAGACAGAAGGCGGGCAGUGGUGGAGGAGGGGGUCAUCUGUCCAGCCUGCCCAGUGCCUGGACUCAUCUGGUGGUUGCUUUAGAGGGGACCUGUGGGUGGAAGAGGGACUUUCCUGUGCUGCCACAAAGCUUGCGAUGGGACAUUGCUCUGCUCCCUGAGCUGCUCUAGUGAUAGGUUCCUAAAACUUGAGGGUGGAGCAUGUCAAAGGGACAACUGUGCAUUUCCUGGGCUUUGAUGAAAAGCUGAGCCUGGGGGCAAAUGCAAGCAAGCCGUAGGCCAGGGAGCUCUGUUUUUACCCUCUCCUCCAUGGAUGGCUGCUACCACAGAAGACUUGUGGUUUUCUAUUGACUGCUAAUCCUUUGAGAUUUUUGGUGAGAAUAGCACUGAAGAGACCCUGAGCUGGGCCAGGGGUGGGUUGUGUUGUUUGAGGUAGUGGUUGUUUUACAUCACAGUUGCCUACCAACAGGAGACACAUUUCAAUAGGCCGGGGGACUGACAGGGUGGGGCUCCAUUGUAAACUGGAAUUCGCUGCAGGCUGCCUUCUGGAGCAGGAUGACCGCCAGGAGCAGUCAAGGUGCAGAGAUGAGAAGGGGAUGGAAGCCACGGGCAGAGAAGUUGAUGUGUGGAGUGGGGGCACCAUUCGGAGCUUCCCUUCAGACUUGUCUGGUUCCCCUCAGCAGAGUUUUCAUCUGGAUUUUGGCUAGAGACCAGAAAAGGGAAUGCCCUGAGGGAAGCACGAAAGCCAUGUUACUGCUCCCUGGCCCUAACAACUCUUUUGUGAGGAGGAAAGCAGCAUUUGUGGGGAGCCAACUUUCACUGCCAUUUUACUCACAUUAAGAGGGAAUUUCACGAGAGGGAGAGAGACAGAGAAAGAAACUGCAGACGUGGAGAACACUACCUUGGAAGCCCUGCAGAGAUCAACCUGCCAAGUCGCUCAUAGGACAGGUGAGGAAACUGAGGUUCAAACUGACGGAAACUGAGAGUCCUGCCAUCUUCUCCUCUGGCUCCUCAGUCUCCAGUUUGAAUCACCAGAGCCAUAGUUGUCCCAGUGGGAGGGGCCUCUGUGGUAGAGGAAGGAGGUGAGGUGAAGGAGGCGCACUCAUCCAGCCCUACUCAUUCAUCUCCCAGGAACCCAGCCCCUCCGUGCUGUGACUGAGGUAGGGUGGAGUGAUGGGAGUGAGGACAUUGCUGCUGGCAAUGCCCCAUCCCCUACGCCAGGCUGAGCCUCUUCACAUUUCCCAAACUUUCUGGGAGCUCAGGUCCUGCCCAGGCUCAGGGAGUCAGAGCCCAGGACAGGAAUGAGUCUGGGUAAAGGGCGUGGGGACAGAACUGUGACAGUCUCAGGGACCAUUCUCUGCCUCUGCCCAACAGAUGGUCAAUUUGGGGAGUGAACAGUUGCAUAUGGGAGAUUCAGUUUAACUCACUUCUAUUCAACAUCCAUUUAUUGAGCAUCUCCAAUGUGCCAGGCACUGUGUCAGGUGACAGGGACAUACACAAAGCCAUACCAGAGUUGGGAACUGCCAGGUCAGCAUUGUGGGGAUCAAGAUUAAUAUUUUUGGUGCAUCUAAUUCCACUUGUACAGCCACUGCUUCCAGGGCUGGAGUUGGAGAAGAAAGAAGAGAGUCCAGAAUCUGAGCCCUGGGAAGGGAGGAAAGGAAGGAAAGAAGGAAGAUAAAACAGGGAAGAGGGUGGAGAGGCCAGGCAAAGUGGGGGAUGGGCGACCAGCCAGAUAGAGCCUGAAUGAGGUGGGUCCAGCCCACAUGGAAAUUCUAACUCUUGGGCUCAGUACCUAACUGCCAAUCAACACACUGACAAUGGUGGGUAGUCUAAGCCACCAGGAUGCCUGGGGCAGGCAGACAUUGCCCAUCUUGCAAGCCAACCAGCUAAAAGGAGAAGGUGGGUCGUGGACACCUCAUGCCAGCUGAAACCAAGGGUGGUUGUCAUACACUUCUGCAGUUUGCAGAUUUCACUUUUUGGCAACCUUUCAAGUGCUCUCUUCUCCCAGGAUGAGCGAGGAUCUGUGCUGAUUCUGGGCACUUCUCUUUUUCCAGGACUCAUAAUAUUUAGGGGAAUUAUUCGUAGGAUUCCCUAGGUUUAUUCUAAGAAGUCCUAGCUCUCCAUAAAGAAGCCCAAGUCUCCUGGGUUCCUUCUCUUCUCUGCCCUGACCCAGUGGGGCCUCGGGAGGGCAAGGCCUCUCCAUGGGCCUCAGGGGUCAGAGCAGAUGGGGAUGGGCCAGGAACCACUUUGCCCCAGGUGCCCAUCCUUAUUUGCACUUUCUUCUCAAGCUUCUUAGAAUCUCCUCCAGAAGUCUCAUAGAGCUGCCUCUCCCAGGGCAAUGAGGUUGGGAACAAAAUAAUCUUCUGUGAAUAGAGGUAGGAAAGCGGUGAGAUGUUUCCACAGCAGCCACCUCUCUACCCUGCUUUCUAGUUUAUACCAGCAAGCUGUUCCUUUUCUUGCACACUGGGGUUCAAGCCCCACUUCUGGCUGUGUAUUCCCACCACUGCAUUCUGCGGGGUUAAGUCAGCUGGUUUUCUCGACUGCCCCUGCCUCUCCUGCUCCUUUGAAACCUCCUAUCUGUCUCUUCCUCCUAAUUAAGGGCCACUAUAAAGAGUGAUGGGCUGGCCAACCCAUGGGAUUUAGCUUAUAAGAACAAAGCACAAUUAUUCAGGACUGAAAUGCCUUGAGGUGCCUUGGAGCUGGCUUCGGAAAUAUCUACCCCCUAGCUAUGGACUAAUCACAGUUAUUCCCAAUGUAUAAAAAGGAAAAGCUGAUUGGAUCCAUAUUUCUCCCUGUGAGUCUCCUUGGGGAGGUUGGGCUGAUAAGUAUUUCCAAGGUCAGGUUAAGCAGAUGGACAAUGGAAAAUACUGGCCAGGUCCAAAACGAUCGUCCCAAGUCGUAGGAACGGCUUGGUGCAGUUGGAACACGUGAUGACUCAAGAAAUUUUCCUUCCUACUUAUGUCUUAAGGAUAGACAGCCUGUGUCUCUUGCUGUACCUCUUGCUGAUGUGUUCCUUUAUUGAAGCUUGCUAAUGCAUUUGUACAUAGUCUAUGUAGAGGUAUAGAUAUAUUAUAUAUACAGAUAUAAAACAUCUCAUUACAUCCACCCCAAAAGUUACAUUGGGGAGGGAAACAAUCAUUUCUCAGUGUUUUGAGUUGAUUCACCAAAGGCAAAUUAUGGAAUGUUCUUAUUGCUCUUUGUGCACUUGGAGGGGGAAACCCAACUACUUAUGCACUCAAGGUUUUAUGUUGCUACAUGGUGGUUGGAAGAGGUGAUGUGGAGAGAAACUUAAAUGGUCCUCUGUGACCCGACUGCUGUGAUGUGUCUGCUUUUUGGAGCAGAUUGAGUUUCUUAUUGCUUGGAUCUAUUGCUACAAUAAACAGAUUGUCUCCCCUAAA